AUGCAACUUCAAGUCAAAGGCGAAGACCAACACGAAAGAGAAAGAGAAAGAGAAGCCCCAAGCACAAGCACAAGCACCACCCCCCGACCUCAAGCCCAUCCCAACCCAGACACCACUCCCACCUCCACCACCAGGCGCCGUCCAACCCCGUUCCCUUCACACCUCCCAAGACCUAUCGUCCCUCACCCAGCAUCCAGCAGAGGAAGCAGAAGAAGAACCCUACCACCACCACGGCCCGAACAACUAGCACGACCACUUCCACGUCACCGUCUCGACUCCCCCAUCCCAUCACGACUUCCCCAAAGGACCUCAACAUCUACCACCAUAGAACAGCCCACACCGCCACGUACACGCCUCGAACCGAUAUAUGGAGCCCAAUCAAACGCCUACUGGCUUGGAAGACUCGUGACCGUCCUCAACGCUAUACUUUACGCAGACUUGUUCAAUGCACCGGAUCCCGUGACGGGAAUUCGCCCACCAAGUGUAUUCUCGCUGGCCGUGUCAAGGCAUGGGUAUUCCCAGCGGGCAGCGGCUCUUGCUGGGUUGGAUAGGGGCGUUACGGGGAGAUUUAGGAGGGCGUUCAUGAUGCUGGAGGAUGCGUGUCGUUCGGAAGACGCGACGCGGAGUUAUAGGGCGUUUGGAUUGGCGUUUGAAAAGGCUCAUGGACCUUGUGGUCAGCGUUUUAGGGACUGAUAACCUAAUGGUAGAGUUAAGUUGUUUAGUCCGUUGUUGGUGGAGAGGUCGUGAGGUUGAGAGUUGUGUAUUAGUAUAUAGAGAUGCGUGGUGGUCUUGCUGUGCUUUGUGCUAGGGACGGACAGAUAGUCACCAUCAUAUCACUAUUAAUGAUCCUUGUCUAUUUCAUUUAAAUAUCACACUUCCUUUUCUUCUAUUUGGAUUUUCCCAGCUAUUAUACACUUUGUAAGACCCCACCUCACAAUUGCAUUCCUCCGAAUUGGGUGGGUUAUAUAUCA